CCUCUAGUGGUUAUCAUGUUGGCAAGAGGAGACAUUUAUCAACUGAUCAACUUUGCUUCUUUCUCGUGCUGGUUCUUCAUCGCCCUGGUUACACUGGGGCUUCUCAUCCAUCGCUAUCGAUUCCCAGACCAUCCACGAACAUUUAAGGUUCCUCUGGCUGUUCCUGUGAUCUUCACGGUGGUGUGUUUCUUUAUCGUGGGUCUGUCUCUGUAUUCAGACCCCUGGAACACAGGUUGCAGUUUUGCUGUUACUUUCACUGGAAUCCCAGUGUACUACCUGACCAUAAAGCACUCGUAUAUACCGAACCGUUGGAGAAAAGCCAUCAAUUACUACACUAACCAACUUCAGAUCUUGUUGGAGGUGGUACAGCAAGAAGUUCAGACCUACUGAAGGAGCACAAACAUUACACUGAGGGGCGGGCGGUAAACAGAGACAUCCUAAAAUUAUCAACAAACCAUCCAACAACCUCUCAACUGACUGCCAUGAACAAGUUUAAGAGGUUUAGUCUCAAAGACAUGGAAAUUUGAUAUCUGAGAUGGAAAUAUUGUGAAAUAUUAUCUUUUUUUUUAGUAGGUUAUAGCAUCUUCUCAAACGUUGUACAACUAACCCAGACUGUGGUAGCCAUUAAAUAUUUAACUUUCCCAUGUUGCAAUCCUCACCGGACUCCUGAAAGGCUGUAACACAAUAAAAAGGGGGGGGGGGGUG